GAAAACUUCCUGGCCUGGGCUACCGGCGCUUCUGUCCGCCUACCCUCCAGUCCCGCCCACCAGUGCCCAGCGCUUCCCCACCCCUCCCCCGGCUCCUUCAGUGUCCGCCAUGGCCAAAGCCUACGACCACCUCUUCAAGUUGCUGCUGAUCGGGGACUCGGGGGUGGGCAAGACUUGUCUGAUCAUUCGCUUUGCAGAGGACAACUUCAACAACACUUACAUCUCCACCAUCGGAAUUGACUUCAAGAUCCGCACUGUGGAUAUAGAGGGGAAGAAGAUCAAACUGCAAGUCUGGGACACAGCUGGCCAAGAGCGAUUCAAGACGAUAACUACUGCCUAUUACCGUGGAGCUAUGGGCAUUAUUCUAGUGUAUGACAUCACAGAUGAGAAGUCCUUUGAGAAUAUUCAGAACUGGAUGAAGAGCAUCAAAGAGAAUGCCUCAGCUGGAGUGGAGCGCCUCUUGCUGGGGAACAAGUGUGACAUGGAAGCGAAGAGGAAGGUACAGAAGGAGCAGGCUGAUAAGUUGGCUCGGGAGCACGGAAUCCGAUUUUUCGAGACUAGUGCCAAAUCCAGUGUGAAUGUGGAUGAGGCUUUCAGUUCCCUGGCCCGGGAUAUCUUGCUCAAGUCAGGAGGCCGGAGAUUGGGAAACAGCAGCAAGCCCUCCAGCACUGACCUGAAAACUUGUGACAAAAAGAACACCAACAAGUGCUCCCUGGGCUGAGGACCCCUUUCUGCCUCCCCUCCCAGCCUGGAGGUUGAACCUGAGGGCAGCAGGGUUGAGGGGCUGGAUGGGGAGAAAUAGAUGGGGCUAGGACAGGUAAAGAUGAAUAGAUGGUGAAAGAAUGGGGAGAAAAUGGAGAAGGAAAAAAGGAAAGUGGGAGAAGGAAUGAGUAAAGAAGGAAACGAGAUAGAAUAAAGAGAGAAGAAGCAAGAAGGGAAGGAAUUGAGGAAGUGGAAAAAGGUGAGAUGGAUGAAGAGAGUAGGGGAGAGAAGGAAGUGUAGAUGGCUCUGGGCCUCAGAUCUUCCCUGGGAUUUUAGGACAAACAUAAAUAAAUAAUUGAUUUAUUUUAUUAUUGGAUCAGGUUUUCAGGUCUUGUGGGAGGCUGGCUCAACACCACCCUCUGAAUGUUUGGUCCUAUCCUGUUACUCUGCAUGGUCUUUAUCAGUAUUAAAGGC